AUGGUGGACGGAGUCCCCUCGGUACGUCUUGGAAAGGGCAAAGUAUCUGGAGAACGCCCCCAGGGUUUUAGGCCACGAAUCACCAAAGAAUUUCACGCCACUGGAAAUGAGAACGGGCUGCAGGGGCGAGACCUCCAGCUUGUGGGCCACAUGCUUGGACCGAUGUUCGACGAAUUAAAACUCGAUCUACAUAUGGCCGAGCUGCAUGGUCCAUUUGGGCAAGACUGGCAGCUGGGAUCACUCGGACGAGUUGGUGGUGACCUACGUAUCAUCACCGUUGUCAAGGAUCCCCUGUUGAGACCGUCGAAGAUGAACAGGGCAAUGACGAAGAAGAAGAAGAAGAGCCUAUUGAGCCCGCCGUUGUCUGUUGUGCUCCUCGAAAGAAGUCCAUUGUCCUCGUUUCGCCUUCGGUUGCCCCGGAGGGCGUGA